AUGGCCAAUAAACAGUCCACCGCUAAACUGGUUUCUCUGAAGAAACCAAAUGAUUCCAAAGUACAAAAGAAGCAACCACCAGCUGAACAAGUAGAGGAAGAUUUGCAAUUACCCUCGUCAUCAUCGGAAGAUGAGGAAGACGAUGAUGAAGAGGAAGAUAAACAAGAGGAGCAAGUAUAUGGGUUAUCAAGUGAUGAAGAAGACGACGACGAUGAAGAGGAACAAGAAAUUUCUCAAGAUGAAGAGACGAUAACACAAUCAAUCCAACCAAAUGUGUCUGGUCACAGAGUAAAUAAAGUCAUAUCUAAAACUACAACUUCCGAUUCUAACACCAAACCCAAAGCAGCCAAAACUGGUGUCAUAUAUAUAGGUAGACUCCCUCAAGGAUUCCAAGAACCAGAAUUAAAGACAUAUUUCCAACAAUUUGGUCCAAUUAAACAAUUGAUAUUACCUCGUAACAAAAAGUCUGGUAAAUCAAAACAUUUUGCUUAUAUUGAAUUUGAAUCAGUUGAAGUGGCCAAGAUAGCAGCAGAAACAAUGAACAAUUAUUUGUUAUUUGGUCAUUUGCUCAAAUGUGAAUAUGUUGAAAAUCCUCACAAAGAUGUAUUCAAAAACGCUAAUCGUAAGUUUAAAGUUGUACCAAUUCAUAAAAUCGUCAAGGAUAAACACGAUAAACCAAAGACCAAAGAAGAAUGGGAGAUCAUUGUACAGAAAUUUGAAGAAUCGAAGAAGAAUAAAGUUGAAGAAUUGAAAAGUAAGGGAAUUGAUUAUGAUUUAAACGCAUUAUUGAAUGAAGCGUAG